UUUGGAGCUGCCAUUAACCUAUUCAAGGAAUAAGCUUCUCUCCUCUCUCUUCCACCAUCACAGUUGAAGUGUAGAGAGAGCUUUGACGGGAAAAAAUAAUCAUAGUGGGGAAUGGCAGAGAGUGUUGAUGAGGAUUCAGGAGUGGGAAGAUCAGUAGUAGAGGAGAGUUCAAAUGGACAAUACAGUUUAUCAGGAGAAGAACUCUCUCAGUGGAGAUGUUCUACUCAAGUCGAGAAUGGCACCCCAUCCACUUCCCCCUCUUACUGGGAUACCGAUGAUGAUGAUGAUGACUAUGGCAUUAAACCCUCUCAGUUAUUUGUGAGACAUAAAUGGAAGAUAGAGAAAUUCUCAGAAAUCAAGAAAAGGGAGCUCCGUAGCAGUGUUUUUGAAGCUGGCGGCUACAAAUGGUAUAUUUUAAUUUAUCCCCAAGGAUGUGAUGUUUGGCAUCAUCUCUCCUUGUUCCUCUGUGUUGCAAAUCAUGAAAAACUUCUUCCAGGCUGGGGUCAUUUUGCUCAGUUUACUAUAACUGUGGCCAAUAAAGAUCCAAAGAACUCCAAGUUUUCAGAUACGCUGCACCGGUUCUGGAAGAAGGAGCAUGAUUGGGGAUGGAAAAAGUUUAUAGAGUCAGAUAAGUUAAACGAGUUCAUAGAUGAUUCUGGCACUCUUACAAUUGAAGCUCAAGUUCAGGUCAUCAGGGAGAGGGUGGACCGACCUUUUCGGUGCCUUCAUCGUGGUUAUAGGAGAGAGCUUGUUAGGGUGUAUUUGACAAAUGUGGUGCAAAGUUGCCGAAUUUUUGUGGAAGAGAAGAGAAGCAAGCUUGAGAGGUUGAUAGAGGACAAGGCAAGAUGGACGAGCUUCGGUGUUUUCUGGUUAGGGAUGGACCAAAACUCCAGACGUCGGAUGUCUAGAGAGAAAAUGGACGUAAUCCUAAAAGGAGUGGUAAAACACUUUUUCAUUGAGAAGGAAGUUACAUCCACUUUGGUGAUGGAUUUCCUGUAUAGUGGAUUGAAGGCUCUUGAAGGCCAAACUAAGAGCAAGAAGUCUAGGCCAAGAUCGUUAGAUCCCAAGGAAUUGCCAGCUCCGAUUGUUAGUGUGGACAAAGAUAUGUUCGUAUUAGCUGACGAUGUGCUGUUACUCCUAGAGAGAGCUGCCUUAGAACCAUUGCCUCCAAAUUCGGAUAAAGGUCCCCGAAACCGUACAAAGGAUAUCAAUAAUGGAGAAGGGGACAACAGUGAAGCUAUUGAGCGUGAUGAGAGACGUUUAACGGAGUUGGGUCGACGAACUGUGGAGAUAUUUGUUCUUAGCCAUAUCUUCAACAGCAAAAUCGAGGUUGCAUAUCGUGAAGCUGUUGCGCUAAGAAGACAAGAAGAACUAAUCCGUGAGGAAGAGGAAGAGUGGUUAGCAGAAACCGAACAGAGGGCCAAAAGGGGAGCAGCAGAGAGAGAGAAGAAAUCGAAGAAGAAACAGGGGAAACAGAAACGGAACAAAAAUAAAGGGAAGGACAAAAGAAAAGAAGAAAAGGUAUCGUUUGCAACACAUGAGAAGGAUCUCGAGGAAAACCAACAUGAUGAGGAAGAAAAGGAGAAAGCACAAUCCCUAGUUGAAAAGACUGAUACUCUUGGUGAUGUAUCCGACAUAUCUGACUCUGUGGAUGACUCUGCCGACAUUCUUCACCCUGAUUUAGAAGAUGGGGACAGUAGUUCUGUUACUGACGCCUUGGAAAUUCAUCCUCCUCCAGCAAGUGGGAGCAGCAGAGAAGACGCCAUUUCCAUGUCUACACCCAAUGGAAUUGCAGAAAGAAAGAACCAGUCCACUAUGGAAGAUAGUUCCUCGACUUGUUCUAACGAUUCUAUCAGGUCUGGGUUUACCAAUGGGUCCAAAGGGAAUGCCUUGAAUUUCCGAAACCAGAAUUCGCUAAACAAAGGAAAGAACCAACCAGGGAGUCAGAAUUCUUCUCCCGAAUCUGAUUGGGUUGUUGUCUCCCACAACCAGGAGCCAGAGAGCUCUAGGAAUCGUAGUCCUGUUGGGAAGGAACGCAACGUGGCUCAAAUCAUUGCGAACUCGGUUGACAUGGAUCGACCUAAAGAGAAGAGCGCUGCUGUACUUACUUCUCCAAGAAUUGCUGCCAAGAAUCCUUCACCAUCAACUCAGACAAAACUGGAGAAAAAGAACGUUUCAGUGGCACCAAACAAGAAAGUAAUGCCAGCAAGUGGACCACCUUCAUCAAGUCAAGUAGAUGUGCAAAAGAUCCCUGCGCCAAAACAACCUGCAACAACUAUAACAAGGCCUUCUAGUGCUCCGGUAAUCCCUGCGAUGCGACCUUCCCCUAUUGUCGUCUCCUCGGUUCAACCAACAACAUCUUUUCCUCGGUCGGUGAGCUCAGCUGGUCGUCUAGGUCCCGACUCUUCACUACACAACCAGCAAACUUUCACUCCGCAAUCCUAUAAACACGCCAUUGUUGGUAACUCCCCUGGUUCAUCAUCUAGUUUUAACCACCACCCAAGCUCUCAUGGAGUUGUCCCAACCUCAUUGCCAUCAGCAUCUUACUCGCAAACACCAACAUCAUCUCAUCAGUCAAGCUUCCCGUUCGGUCAAGAUGGGCGCUUCUUGGGAGGAAGGAGUUUAAAUUCUGUAAACAUGGGCAUGAACAACCCUUAUACACCCACCAUGUUGGACAGGCAAUACUCUUACCAUGGUGGUGGUGCUGCUGCUGAUUUUGGCAUCUCAGAUCAAGGAGUUUUGGAGAAGAGAGAUACCACUACAUGCGACAUGGUGGUGUCUCUGGAGCCGGGCCAUAUGCAGAUGGUUUGA